UCCGUAGCUCCGUUUAACCACCUGUUCGAUUUGGUAUUGAUGACGUUGCUGACGUCAGCUGCCUUUGGCCUAUUUAACACCUACUCAAAAUAGGCUGUGACGUGGCCAGAUACAUGAGCGGCUUUACAUUGUGACGUCAAGUCUAAUUUGUUAUUGCAAUUGGCAUCAUUUGCAUCAACUUCUUCACCAAGUGAGCAACUCAGGUACAUUUACUUUGGAAUAUUUAAGAUAAUUUUCUUUGCUCCAGAAAGGAUUCCUGAGGUGAAUUUCAGUCAACAAUCUGACAAAAUGAGUUACUUAUCUGGAGCUCGAAACCUCAGUGGAGAUGGACUGGGAUUUUACAGUAGCACUGAGUCCAAUCUAAGACUCAACACUGACUUCAGUGCCUUAAAGAAUUAUGGGGUUCAGCAGAAAAUUGGAAGAUUGACCUCUUUCUGUCCUAACACACAGCAGGAUAACUGCUUCACAACAACCAGGAUGGAGUCAGUGGACGAAACCAGAAGAUUUGCCCCAAGGGGGCCAAUGGCUGACAAAGAGAAUCAGAAAAGAGGAAAUAUAGGAUCUGAAACUAGAUCACCUUUAACACAAAUUGAACUUACUCCUUUUGAGAUCAAUUUACCUCCAGUAUCCUUGGCAGAUUUCAUGAGCCCAAACUGGAACCGGUUUGGAUUCAGACAGAAGCAGGUAUGUCCACUGUCAUUACUUGUGAACUCAGCAAAGUUCUUUUCUCAACAAGGAACCAGGACAUGUCCAAACCAGUCUGCUAGAUGCCCCAUCACUUCUCAAACUUACAGAGACAAUGGGAUAAAAAAAAUAAUGGGUACUAGUGUCAAACCAAGAGAUGGAAGCAGUUCAUCAACAGAUAAUGUGGUGAUUAAUUCAUCUUCUUGUGAAGUAAAUAAAAAUUCAGGAAAACAGAAGGACCAACAAACUACAGCAAAGACCACAAACCACAGGGAUGAGCAAACUGACAGACUCACAGUUAUACAAAAGAAAAAUGUGAAACAAGAGAAUCUGGUGUCCAAGCUUUCUUCUAACUUCAUGUGUGUUGCUGUUUAUCUGGAUGAGUCUCAAUAUGAUGAUGACGACCAGCAAAUGUCCAGGGAUCGAACUGAACCAGAACCUCCUGCUCACAACCUGAAAUGGCCAUGGAAGAUUUUCAAAUACAUUGAAGGUCAGCCUGACAGUCCACACACCUGCUGAGCGGUAAUUCCAUUGGCGAUGGCCUGCUGGACGGAUUCUCUGGUAAGCUGAGCGACCACCACGUUGGG